UGAUGCAUUGGUUGGGUCGGCUGGCAAACUCGAGUCGCAUAUCCUUCCCAAGUUCUUUGCAAUCCUUCCAAUGUUUGUUGGUCAAUCUCACGCAUGGCUCAGCGCCUAGGCAAAAACCCAGAAGACUACCCCGAUGCUAAAUUUCAGCCUCAUGUGCAAGUCGCUUUGAGAUUAAAAGCAAAGGGUGGAAGCGCCCGUAACGGCGACGUUAUACCCUAUGUGUUCUGCGUCGCUCCUGGUGAAGAGACCGUGAAGACUGCACAAGCAGAUCGCGCCAAGCAUCCAGACGAAAUCAAGAGGGCUGCAGGGGAACUUACCGUGGAUUACGAGCACUACCUUGCUAACCAGGUCCUACCACCUAUUGAGCGACUGUGUGAGCCUAUUGAAGGGACAGAUAGGGCACGGCUUGCUGAGUGCCUUGGACUGGACCCGGGGCGUUAUCGUAUUAGUGGAAGCACGCCGGCCGGAUCAACGCUCACAACAUUAGAUUCCCUCGUCUCUGAUGCAGAGCGAUUCCGCGACGUGGCCCCAUUCCUUGUACGCUGCCGCGGGUGCGCAGGACAGAUGGCGUUUCCUCCGAUCUACGAUAGAGAUGUAUGUGAUCGCAUCCCAAUUUGUACUUAGGGCUGUCUGACAUCGAACAGGCGUCGAUUCUGUUGUCAUCAGGGCCAACCUGCCCCGCGUGCAGUGCACUAUUUGGGGGUCAGAAUCACUGAGACGGCACUAUAAAAUGAUCGCCGGUAGUUCUCAUCGAGUAUGAGGCAUCUACUCACCUUAAUUCCGUCUCAAUCCUGGCCAGAACUACCCCUUCACUCUUUUCCAGAACCCCAGCGAAGCGUCCGUCCCUUCCG